AGAAACACCGCCGUCGCAACGCUUACGAUGCGAAUCCAAGUGAGUCACACACUUUGGUUUCUAUCAUUCAACGCUCUGAUGCUGAUUCUGACCCCAAGUGUUCGGACAGCGCCGAGCAGUGCUGAUUAUAUAGCCGACAGUAAGCUGGACGCGACGCUCAUCGAGGAAGUGAUGCGGCAAGCAAAGGCAGCAGAAAUGGCGAACUUUAUGGAUGAGAGCGUCGAUCCAUGUUUCAAUUUCUAUGACUUUGCUUGCGGUAAUUGGCCGCGCAUUAAUCCAGCCAUUGGUCCCGGCCAAUACACGACGGGUCUGUUUGAGCGUCUGACCGAUGGAUUCGAUCGCAAGGUGAAGCAUACGCUGAAUAGCGAAAACAGUGACCUGGAUACAGCCGAGGAUGUGCAGGUGAAGAACUUUUACAAGUCGUGCACGCAGGUCCGCCAGGUGGACGCAAGUUAUCAGCAAAAGAUGAGGGACAUAAUCGCUGAAUUCGGUGCAAUGCCGGCACUGGAGGGUGAAUCGUGGCAUAUGUCGAACUUUGAUUGGCUGGAAACUGUGGCACGGAUUGCAUAUCGCUAUGGCCUCGUCAUCAUUAUGGGCGUCGAGGUGACCAAGGACUUUGCCAACAACGAGGUGAACGUGGUGUACAUUGGCGAGCAAGAGUUUGUGCUCGAGUCGCGCAACAUGUAUCUCGAUAAUCACACUGCCAGCUAUCGCAUGGCCUAUACGAUCAGUGUGGCCAAAAAGCUGGUCACAUUUCUGGGCAUGGAUAUGAAAAUGGCACUUCCCACAGCCACCGAACUGAUGGACUUUGAGGUGCAGCUAGCCAAGGGGUUGAUCAAUGAGGGCGAUGGCCUCAGCAUCAGUGAUAUUUCGCAGCUGAAAACCGUUGCGCAAAUGCAGCGAGAAUAUGCACCGCAUUUGAAUGUGGAGCGACUGGUCAACAUAUCGUUGGGGGAGCAGGUUACGGACUCUGUGUAUGACUUUAAUUCGAAUUAUCAACGCAAUGUGAUCAAUGUGAUGAAGCGUACAUCGCCAGGUAUUGUGGCUAACUAUAUAUUCUAUCGUUUAAUUGACGAGUUUGCCAUGGAUCCGGGCACAACUCAUGCCAGCCGGCAGGACAAAUGCAUCUUAAUUACCAAGAAAUAUUUCGCCAAGAAUUUGGACAACAUGAUCUAUCGGCGCUAUAAUAACAACGUCACUGCAUCAGAUAUUGAUCUCAUUUGGGGCCAGCUUAAGUCCACCUUUAAGCAGAAACUGCAAUCGGAUCAAUCUCUAAAGUGGAUAAGUCGUCGGACGCGCGAAGCGGCGAUUAAUAAACUGGAUGCGAUGACGCUGCAAGUGAACUCGCAUGCGGAUGAGGAUCUGACCGAGGACUUCGCUGGUCUGCAGCUGCAUGUUGAUGACUUUAUAGAGAAUCUGCGCCAGACACGCAUACUGGGUGCCAGGCAGGAGCGAGAGCUGUUGCACCAACCAGUCAAACCUCUGGAAGCGGGUGAUCUACUUAGCUAUACGCCGGCAAACAUUUUGGUGGAGAAUACUAUUAGGGUGCCGGUGUCAUUGCUGCAACCAUAUUAUCUCUGGGCCGGCAGCUAUCCCAAUGCCAUCAAGUUUGGCACGCUAGCCUCGCUAAUUGGCCAUGAGCUAAUACACGGCUUUGACGAUUCCGGUCGAAAGUUUGAUGCACGUGGGAAUGUGAAUGACUGGUGGGACGCACAGUCCGAAAGCAAUUUUGUGGACCGACAGCGUUGCUUUACGAAUCAAUACAGUAAAUACACAUACCACGGCAUCCGGCUGCCCAAGACGACGGCACAAUCGGAGAACAUUGCGGAUAAUGGGGGCAUGCGAUUGGCCUAUGCCGCUUACAGCGACCUGCAGGACGCCCAGGAGCGGACGGUGGAGGGGCGGAAGCAGCUACUGCGGGAGAAGCUGCCCACACUAAACUACACCAAAAUGCAGCUGUUCUUCAUUAGCUAUGCACAAAUCUGGUGCAAUGAUGCCCAUCCACGUGUACGCCAUCUACAGGUAUCCACGGACCUUCAUAUGCCCGGCGAAUUCCGUGUGAUCGGGCCUCUCUCGAAUUUCGGUGAAUUCGCCAAAGAGUUCCAGUGUGCAGUUGGCACGCGCAUGAAUCCCCCAAGGAAAUGUAUGAUAUAUUAACUUUUUCUCUUCGAAUGGAUGCUCUGAUACACUUAUUUUUAUAGACAAAAUAAUAGAUACACGUUUAUUGUCUCUGUGAUAAACAAAUUUUCAAUAACAUGCAUAAUUAGGCUUAAUGUUUUCUUUUUAAUAAGCUUUCGGAACACAUUUGUCAAAAUAUAAAAAUUGGUUUUUUGUAUCCUGGUAGACAGUAUUCACGGCUUUUUUGUUCCUAAGGGGAAGACGAAUUUCAACCAACAAUUUGGGCUCCAAAUAAAGAGGCAGUGUUUCUCUAGAGCUUAUGAAAAUCGGUUCUGUUUUGACAAAGUUAUCGCAUGAAAUGGUCAAAAAGUACAAUUUGUCGAGAGUAUAUAAAUAUUACAACUUAUAGCAGUAACUGCUCAGCUAGUUAACUGUCAUACCAAUAACAUUAUGUCAUACAUCCCUAUAGGAACAAACAACUGAAAAUAUACGUUAUCUUCGAAAACAUA